ACAUGGACCAUAGGAUAAUAUUAAGAUUAAAAAAGUUAGAAUUGGAGAGGGUGGGAGCUGUAAGACAAGAGGGUAAACAUGUGAUGAAGAAGCAAUCUUCUUUAUCUUACUUUCUAAUCAACCAUCUUACUUAAUAACGUUAUUUCAUCUGUGUUAGGUACUGCUCACUAGUCUUAACUCAUAACCAGGUUGCGAUCUGCGUUUCCCUGAAACAAAAAAAAAAAAAAGGGAGAGAAUGUUACAGCUGUUAUUCACGAUAGCGUUCUCGGCGGCGCCGUUAACGCUGUACAUACCACCGAUCAGGUGUUUGACGGCGUUCGCUCAGACGAUGGAGGAGAUGGAGAUUGAAGGCAGGCUUUAUAGAGGGAGAGUCUUCGCUCGCGCCAGAAUAGCUUGGUCUAGGCUUCUCGAUUGCUUCUUCUCCUCUUCUCCUCGCCGUCCUUAACUCAUAUGUUCCUCUCUUCUCUCUUUCCCUGUACAUAUAUAUAUCUAUCUCAUCAUGUUUACUCUUUCACUUUACGUUCGUUGUGUGUUCGAUUUGGGAUAUUUCAAGAAUCAAGAUGAUGAUAGAGACUUAGGGUUUUGUUCUUGUACUUGAUCUUCUUAAUAAACAGAGAUGGAUCAUACUCCUCUUCUUGUUUUUAUAUACCAAUCUCUCUUUUAUUUAAACAUAUUUUAUUUAUUGUAUAUGUAAAGGUAAGAUCGAUGAAUACAAAUUGCUCAGAAUAUUA